UUCCUUCACGCUCCCCGCUACACACAACGGUGCCACUGAUCGCCACCGGGUGGGGCCUACAGUCGUCUGAGCUGGGUGGGGAUAAAAGGGGUGGGGUCGCUGACUCCAGGAUGUCUAUUCCCGCAGGGUCCGAGAGAUCGCCAUUGUUCGGACACUCCAUGCUGUGUUGCGGUGCAGAUUCCAGAAGCGAAGGUGCCAGUGGUUCCAGGGUAUCCCCCAGUUCGAACCAGAACUGCGUGCGCUCGGGGUAGGGUGUGUUCGCUUCGCCACUUUUUGUAAAGUUCCGACUAUUGCGGUGUCUUCGCUGUCAGAUCAGGUCCGCGUGGCGGGAAAGGUGCCUGCAGGGCGAGUGUCUUUGAGUAACGACUUCUGCUGCCAUGUGGUCAUGUGACUGGGAACUGUUUACGAGGUAAGUAAGACUGAGCAGUCGCCAAAGAGGGAUACAGUCAAGAAGCUAGAGAUAUCAACAAGAAGGAUACGACAAGGAGGCUAGAGUUAGUCAAGAGUGGGUGACGUCAACAAGGUUUGAACUCCGCGGUCGAGGUGGUCAAAGUGGAGAGCGGUGGCACUUCCUGCGUGACGUUCUUGGGACAGGGUCGAAGGGUCAGCUGGUGGGUCGUGCGCUCCCCCUCCCUGCACAGAGUAGCCAAGAUGGCGACGGCGGUGACCGUUGUAGUUCUAACGUUGAUCAGCGUCAGCAGCCGAACCAUGUCCACCUCGGCGCGGGGACCACAGCCGGGAUACAGUGACGUCAACAGCCGUUGUCAACCUCUCGGACACGGAGGGCCAUGCAGUGUUUCCGGUCCUCCCCGCGGCGUGGCGCUGCCCAAUCUUUAUGGUCAUCUGACUGUCCUGCAGGCUGAGGCGGAGGUGAAGGUGAUUCUGAACAACAUGACGACUUCCGUGCGGGGUUACAUGAGCAGCGAGUUUGUCAGACCCUUCCUGUGCACCCUGUAUUUACCUCCUUGUCUGGAUUCUACCCACGACGAGGACGCGGUCUCAAGGAUGAGAGGACUUGUGCUGCUUCCCUGUCGACCCCUUUGCGAGAUGGCCAAGGAGGAAGUCAAGAGAAUGGGAAACGGUUUGCCAUCUGAUGGAAGUCGAGACCGAGCUGGUUCCUGGCCCAGCAAUAUUCGCUGUCACAUGUUUCCCACCGAGCGGUGCUUCACUCUGCAAGGACCCGGUGAGGUGAAGCUCGUCCAAAAGUCUUUGAUCGCCUCGGGCGUCAGCGCCAGACUCCACGACGUCCUCCCCAAGUCGGUGGCGCCACUGGAGAGCGAGCUCGGUGACGAGGAGCCCUUCGACGUGCAGGUCGUGUCCCUCGGCACAAAUCAUGUUCCUCCCCGUCGAUACGACCUCACCGACCUGGGGGAUCCGGCCUACUUCCAGGGCUGGGCCGAUGUGCAAGGCACAGGUGCAGCCAACGAUUACUGCAGGGUCAUUGGUAAAGGUAGACGUCGCUUCCUGUCAUGCGCGCUGGCGGGCACCGCUGGCCAUGAUCACCAGUAUGUGUCCAAACUGGGAUUCGAACCAGGUCAGGCUGGCACCUGGUUUAUGCGCGAUGUCGACAACGACGGCAGAGACGACUAUUGCAGAUGCCUGGGUCUGGCCACCCGCUCCCGAGUCGUGUGCAUGAAGGCGGGAGAGAAGGGUUUCUAUGGCAGCACUGUGCAAGGUGGCAACGAGGAUACCUUCGAGCUUCCAGGUUCCGACGGAUGUAGCCACAAACGUUUGAACCCACAUUUCGGCAUCUGAGCCCCCAGCCCUCGUGUUUAUAAACUAAUCAUUCAUUAUUGGGAAAGAGGGGGAUUUUUUAUUUUGUGUUUGUUUCUAAUUCUGUUUGUUUUUGUUUUGUUUCCGUCUAGUUUCAGUUCUUUUUUUUUUGUAGGGGAGUAGACUCAUGCGGUCCUUCUAAUGACAUUCUUCUCUUCACGUUUGUGUUCAAAUAUUUGGUUCUUCCCCUUCUUUAUUUGGGGUUUUCAUUAUCAUCGUCUUCUUCACCAUUGUCAUCGUCAUCAUUAAAGAUUGAGUGCUUUGAUUGAGUCUAAUAUUUAAUUUACUUUUUAAAUUGUUCCUUUUCAACUACCUCUGCUACCAAACUGGGUGAACGAUAUUUGAUAUAAGGUAUACAUGAGACUGGUCAAGAUAAAAACCAUCUUACUUCCUUUUAAUGAGGGUUUAUGAUAUUGAGAAAAGGUCUUAUCCUUACUCUCAGCCUUCUGAGCUAAAACUAACUGAUAUACACAUUAAGACAGUUAUAGAAACCACCAGAUAUACUUACACAAUAAAAGAAGCGAUUAUCUUAAAAAUUAUUAAUUUGUCAGUUUAUCUAGCUACUAACUACAUUAUCCCCUUCGUCAUCGCUGGUCAUCUUCCUAAUCUAUGAAAAAAUGAGCGACAGGACAGUUACAUCAAGGGGUGUGUAUAGUUUACAUCCGGUCCUUGGCUACAUAUUUGCACGAUGGAUGUUGUCUCCGAACCUGUAUCAUACCUGUAUCAUACACAAAAUGAAGGUCUUCAAGCGAAACCAAGUGAACAGAACAUCGUUUACAAUUCACGGGCCAGUAAACAACUUUAGUCCAUCUUGCCUGUACUCAGAAGUGACUCUAGUUCCACCUCCCAGACACGUGUCCAGCUUUGUACAAGGAUUUCUAGCCUUAUAAGAUGUUGGUACAAUAAGCCCUUUGUUGAUAUUUCAAUACCGAUGUGUUCAUAGAUCUCAUAGCUAGUUUGUUUUUCAUUGUUACCAUUACAGUUUUAGCAUUUCUGCGAGUUUCGACAGAACUGAGUAUGUUUGCCCGUUGACGGGUGUUGGCGAGAAAUCCUGUUAUUUUCGUAGUAAAUUAUGUGUGUCAUUAAACCUCUUAAGUCCUUUA